CAAAUCUUGUUAUCGCCGAAGCAGCAGCUUGCCAGUUUAAGGAGGAGGGACUUAAUUUACAAGACGAGAUCUGCUACUGGAUACACAAAACUGCCAGUCUCCACUUUUCAACCAAUCAGACCCCGGACAAAUUUUCAAGUAACCAAUCAGAAGCGGUCCUCCAGAGACGCUGCAUCCGGAGCUAGUUGAAUACACAAAGCAUCCUCCUACGCUGCAAGACAUCACCUCGGCAUACAAGAUUACAAAUGGGGCGCAGAAAGUCAAAGAGAAAGCCACCUCCCAAGAAAAAAAUGACAGGUAACCUGGACACCCAGUUCACGUGCCCGUUCUGUAACCAUGAGAAAUCCUGCGAUGUGAAAAUGGAACGAACACGCAACACGGGAAUUAUAUCAUGCAGUGUUUGUUUGGAGGAGUUUCAGACUCCAAUAACCUAUCUGUCCGAGCCAGUGGAUGUUUACAGCGACUGGAUUGAUGCCUGUGAAGCAGCCAAUCAGUAGUCCCGUUUUGCUGUGACUCACCUUUUCUCUAACCUCACUCACGUAACACCUCUUUGAUUGGUCUGGUGAAUCACUUCCUGUUUAGCACCAUGUAGCAGACAUUAUGUUUUUCCGUUUUUAAGUGUAUGACAUCCUUAGUUUUCAUUUUUGCUACAGUGUGGCUUGCUGAGCAUGACGCAUCUGUCUGGCUGGGCCAGAGUGUCGUCAUGUUGUUUUGACACUAACCUCUCUACAUCAGUUCUCAAUGUAAAGGUUUUCAUAUUUCAUUUCAGUGAUUCACUUAUGGAGAGUGAUUCUUUAUUUUAUAUUGGAUCAAGAUUUCGUCUUUUUCGGGACCAAACUGUCGUAAGUUUAAAAUGUAAUCUGACAGAUAUUUCUACAAGUAUAAAACAUUCAAUGUCCUUCAUUUUUUGUGAAUUUAUAGAUGAAAAAAAAUAUUCUCUACUCUUUGGGGUUGAAUACAGAUUAUAAUGAGACAUACAAGUGUUACUUUUGUGUUAGUAGUAGUGUUUUAGUUUUCAACCCUGUCACUAAUGCACUGAAACAUUAAGUUUUUCUUUUGUUUGUUUUUUUGUUUUUUGAACUGCCAAAUCCUUAAUUGUUUUGGACCAGUAUAUAUAUAUAUUUGUACUGCUUGAUUUUAUUAUGUUCCUUUUUAAAAUCACAAUCAUGUUAUUUCUGUUACACUACUUAUGUGGAUUUCACGUUUACUGUGUAAUUUGAUGUAAUGACAGUAAAGAGAAAAUUACACCAGAA